AUGGCCUCACAAGCACUCCCGUCCAACUACCACAAGGUGGAGAGCCCCGAGGACCUCCAGGCGAAGCUCUCCGCCGCUCUCGACAAGGUCUCGGUGCUGUACUUCCGCACCGACUGGGCUGAGCCAUGCAAGACCAUGGACGGCGUCAUGCUCGAGCUCGCAAAGCGCUACGAGGCCGUCCUCUUCCUCUCGAUUGAGGCAGAGUCAUUGCCAGAUAUUUCAGAGUCUUUCGAGGUCGACGCCGUCCCGUACUUCAUCCUCCUGCGAGGACACACCCUUUUGACCCGCCUCUCAGGCGCCCAGCCCUCCGUCCUCUCCGCCGCCCUCAAAUCGCACGCCUCGAAGCCCUCCGCCCUCUCCGCCUCCUCGCAACAACCCCUCGCCGCCAAGACCAUCUAUCAGCCCGACGAGAAGGCAACUGGUGCAGCGAGUGCGGGCGGGACCGUCGCAGCGGGUGGUCAGGGAGAUGUUGAGGAGAGUGACGAGGAGUUGGCGGCGCGGUGUGACAAGUUGAUGAAGCAGUCGGACGUCGUGCUGUUCAUGAAGGGCGACCGCGAAACUCCUCGAUGUGGCUUCUCGCAGAAGAUUGUCGGCAUCCUCGACUCGCAGAAAAUCGACUACAGCACCUUUGACAUCCUGCAAGACGAGGGCGUGCGACAGAAGCUCAAGGAGAUCAACGAAUGGCCGACCUUCCCCCAACUCGUGAUCAAGGGCGAGUUUGUCGGCGGGCUCGACGUGGUCAAGGAGAUGGAGGAGAGCGGCGAGUUGCAGGAGAUGCUGCAGGGUUGA